UAUAAACAAUUAAUUUUACACGAAAAUGUGUGAAACAUACCUUUGAUUAUCUUAUUUACCUGUAUGACUAAUCCUGAUAAGAUAUGGGAGUGAGCUACAUAGGCCUUUAAUCUAUUUGGAUCGAAUCACAUUCGUGAAUAUACUAUACAAAAACUAAAAUGAAAUUACUUGGUUAUUUCUUUGCAUUCCUCUUGGUGAUUGCCUUGCUCACCCAGGAAACAGAGGCCAGAAGGAAGAUUCUGAAAGGCAGGAAAACAAUUACACGUACCUAUAUUGGUGAAUCCGCUCUACCAGCUUGGGCAUAUGUGAUUCUCAUUGCCAUUGGAGAACUAAUUGCUGGUGGUAUAAUCUAUUUUAUAAUGAAGAAGAAAAUUUUGGAUCGUGAAAUUUCGGGACAGUAUGCCUUAGCUGAUACUAUACCGCAUUAGAUCAGUAUUUAAUAUUUCAUUUAUUACUUAUAUUUUUUUAUAUAUACAUUAUAAAUAAACAUGUUUACCUAAAUUAAA